AUGAAAUUCGUAUCAAACAAGCAAUGUUAUCAGGUAUUAGUCACAAACAAUCAGAUUGAAGUGUUAAUACCGCAUGAGGAAUGCGCUGUGAUGAGAAAGCGCUCGAAAUCGCCUCCAGGGGUUUUUCUUGAGGCUUCAUUGGCGGUCUCGUUUCAUCCCGAGUUCACCACAGCCGACGAUCGCAUUUUUCAUUUUCGAUGUUUCCAUCAACGAACGUCAUCGAACGGUGUGCAGUCCACAGGCAGUCCAACAGAACCACCACAAGGU